AUGAUUUGCCUCCAUCCACUUGGACAGAGGCAUUGGCAUGGUUUGCCUCCAUCCACUUGGACGGAGGCAUCUCAUGCCUCCGUCCAAGUAAUGGAGGCGGAGGCCAAGUGCUCGCAGAGUAAUUCACCCCUUUGUAGCACCAGGAGCAAUUCGAGCACCACGUUUGCAGAGAAUGCUUCAUGCAUCGAUGUCCCUUUGCGACAUUCCGAUGUUUGUGAACCUAUCACUAAUAAGGAAACAUUUGGGGAUUGGGAAUCAGAUAGAAUGGCAUUGAGUGGUCCGCCUUCUUCAGUGGGAAGAGAUUCUGAGGCCACAGAGAGGGAGAGGCUCAGGGUCGCGGAUAUCAUUAGAAAGCUGACGUCUAGUACUAAAGAUAAUAAUGAUAGGGAGCAUAUUGUUGGCUAUGAAUCGUCACCUCUUGUUAGAACGUCAUUGGAUCAAUCAGAACAGAGUUGUUUUUCCUCUGUUUUUUGUUCGCCACGCAUCAAGGGGCGUGGCGCAUUUAACAAUUUGCUUGUGCAAAUGGGGAGCGAGAGACACAAGGAGCUUGAACGACUUGAAGCACGUAAACCUGUUUCCAAGUUCUCACAGCGAGGCCGCAUUCAGGCUCUGCUCCGGGUUAGAUUUCUUCGCCGUGGACUUGAAGCCAGAGAGGGUGUUCAAAAUGGUGCAAUUGACUCAAAGAACUCUCACAAAGAGGUCGUAGAUAAUGCUGCAUCAGCAAAUAUGUUGAAUCAAUCAGCUAAACAAAAUCUGCAACAAGAAACAAUAGCAGAUCAUGUCCUAGAUGCGGAAACCUCUUCAACCUAUCAAGAAACAAAUGGCUCCAUAAUUUCACAUAAAGUAAUGGCAGAUUACAUCCUAGAUGAAGAAACCUCUUCAACAUCCAAAGAGCAUGAAGUUGAACUCAUUUCCCAUGGAGUUAACGAAAAUAUUCAACAAAGCAGUCUCCAAGCACGUCUUCGAACAUCUCCAUCAAGAAGCAAGUCCAUUAUCAGAUUUUAUGUGGCAAGGGACAGACUAUGA